AUGGUUAGUGUCUCUGUACCAAACUAUAGUCUCUAUAUAACUUGUGUUCACGUUUACACAUGGAACCCAACAGACAGCAGUCAUGGUCAGGGCAGCGCUCCAAACGUUGAUGGCUUACUGUAUGAACACCACACUCCUACUACCCCAAUACAGAAGAUGCUACUGACUGCGGGCUCUGCAUUCAUGUCUCUCUAUGACCCAUACAGACAUGAUAUGGUAGCUGUUUUAGGAGAAACAACUGGUUCUGUAGCCCUACCUAGACUCCACAGACUCAUGAAAGAAGACCCUGUUGGAAGACAAAUAUUAGAGGAGAGGCCUCGAAUCAACAGUGAUACAGUGGAUAUGAAGUACCUUGCAAGUCUGCCUGAUGAUACCUUUGGGAAGUUGUAUCAUGAUUUCAUGAAAAAAAAUAAAAUAUCAGCCGACACUAGAGACCCUGUACGCUUUGUGGAUGACCCAGACCUCGCCUACGUGCUCCAGCGCUACAGGGAGGUGCAUGACUUCUACCACACACUCCUAGAUAUGCCAACCAACUUCAUGGGGGAGGUUGUCAUCAAAUGGUUUGAAGUCAUCCAGACUAGACUACCCAUGUGUGCCUUGGGCGCCAUAUUUGGACCAGUCAGGCUAUCUGCAAGCGAUCGCAGAGAUCUCAUCCAGUACUACAUUCCGGAAGUCUUCAAGAUGGCUCCUCAAUCCAAGCUGCUUCUCAACAUCUAUUUUGAGAGGCACUGGGAGACGUCCAUCGACGAGCUUCGAGAGGAGAUGAGAAUACAUCCUCUUCGUAAAUAAUUAAAUGACAGUUUAAACAAUACCUGGGGGGUGUUUCACAAAACUUUUCAUCAGUGACAAAUGACAG